AUGGGAGUCGGCGGGGUGAUACUUCGGUUUUUCAACCUCGGACUGCGUGUUUUGCAGUUCCUUGAUGCUGCCGUCAUACUUGGCAUUUUCUCCUACUUCCUGGCCGUCUUAGCCAGGAAUGACCAACACAUUGCAACAUGGAUCAAGGCCGUUGAAGGCUUAGCAGGCGCAGCAACCGCCUACAGCCUGCUAGGCAUCGUUUUCACCUGCUGUUUGGGUGGUGUCGCCUUCUUUGCAUUCCUAGGCGUUGCUCUCGAUGUGUGCUUUGUGGGUGCAAUGGUCGCUAUAGCCAUCCUUACCCGCGAUGGUGUUGGCCAAUGCACUGGAACAUUGGACACACCCAUGGGCAAAGGCAACGCCGAAGAUGAGACUGCCUCCAAGGGGUUGAAAUUCAGCAUGGCAUGCAAGUUGGAAAAGGUCGUCUUCGCAGUGGCGAUUAUCGGAAUCUUCUUCUUCUUAAUCUCCAUUAUCUUCCAAGUCCUUCUUGCCCGCCACCACAAGCGCGAGAAGCGUUUCGGUCCCUCCCCUACCAACGGCUAUACCAGUGGUAGCCGCAAGGCAUUCUGGCGCCGUAACAAGAACAACCCCGAGACCAACGUCGGUGGUGCUGAUGCCUUGCCCGGUCAUCCCACCCCCCAUGACCUAGAAAUGAAUGGCGAGACCAAGACAGAGAAGGGCUGGUUCGGCUCUUGGGGCAAAAACAAGAACACCGCCAAUGCGCCAGUUCCUACCACGGCUUCUGGUGCCUACGGCUACGGUAACUCGGCGUAUACUGGCAACAUCUAG